AUGCCGCGAGAGCGCGGCAAGACCAAAAUCGAGCGGAUACGCCACUACCUUGUCGGAGCCGUUGAUACUAGGUACGGCGAUAAGGAGGAGCCGGACUACGCGAGGAUUUUCAGCGACACAAAGUCGAUCGGUAGCUUAAGCCAGCACCUGUUCGAGAGCGACGAGGACGAGCGUUACUACGGUACCUGCAACGGCUACGUCUCGCAGCCCGGCAGCAAGUCGAAUCUGCUGCUGUGCAGCGAGUGCGAUCAGAAGACGCACACCUGCACCUACCGACCGCAAACACCCGACUCGCACGCCGUCAGAUACGUGGAGGAGCGUAUGGACGAGCGGCACCAGGAGCCGGGUACCUCACGUGCCUACCGAAGCCCGGUGAAGCUGUCCUCCCCGCGCUCGUACCACGCGGAACAGGAUCGCGUCGUGCAGACGUCGUCGCCGCGAUCGUACCACGAUCUGGAGCAGGCGGUGCCGAUAACGUCACCUCGAUCCUACCGGGCGCAGGAGCAGCAGCGACGCGGAUGGACCGCCAGGGACACGGACGAUCGAGGUGACGUCGACAGAGGCGAGUACCUCGACCAGUUCUGGUCCGAGGAUUGA